AUGGACGGAGGCGACGCAACCGCGGAGGAACCUCUCAGCAAUCCGGUCGAAGUUGAUAAUAUCAGCGACGUUAAUGUGCAUCUAGAGGAUAGAAAGGAUGCUGCCGACGAAGGCAAGAAAUUCAUUUCCCCCUGCGGAGUGGCAGUCACCUAUAUCACCAUCGACUCUGCCGGCGAGGUACACUCGCUCGUGCCGUUUGGCGACGGCAAAGGUCACGUCGCCUUCGUGACCGAACACGGCGAAUUCGCUGCCAUCACCACGUACGUCAAGGGAAGAGAGUUCAUGUCGUUGGAACGUUCCGGCUAUCUUCCCGCGUGGUAUUAUCUGGAAACCGCCGCGACGGGGACGACUCCCGGUUUCGGCCUUCGAACCAGAGUCAAGCCAGUGUCCAAGCCUUCUGAUGAAACGAUUCGAUUUAUCAACGGCAGGUGGCCGCAGAUUACGUACCAUAAUGACGCAGCCGAUUUAUCAGGCAAUGUAGGCAUCGAUGUUGAGAUGCAAUUCCUUGUCGUCGAAGGCUUCAUCUUCCAGGAGUGUCUUUUCCGCAAUAGGAGUCAGCAAGAGACGGCCAUCCCUCUGAUCCUGGAUCUCGACGUCACAUCCAGGAACGAAGACUAUUCGGGACCAUCCUCCGAGAGUGCUGCGUAUCUCGACAAGCUCGGAGAACACGGGUCCGUCAGGCGCAUCUUACCGCUGCCGGAGAAGAUGGAUUGCCAGUUGGAAUGGGAGAUUAUCCCUCUCGAUGAGGAUUUAGCCUGUCCCCAGGAAUUCAAGAAAGCAUUCGUGGAGGCGAGCGACAGUGACGAUCCUGUCCAGCAAUCGGAUUUCGAUUCCUUGCCGCAGCAGGCCUCUUAUUCGGGGCCGACGGACGGACUGCCCCUUAGCCUGGAAGUUCCUGCGGAUGGUCAACGGAGACUCCUCAUGCUGUAUCGUACAAAGGAAACAUAUGUAGAGCGUCAGGGAGAUGGCGAUGAUGGUACUCGGGCAGAGAGGAAGGAGGAGACGAAGGAAUGCUCAGAGAUAUUGCAUUCGACUGUGCUCCCUCUCGCAAGCCGCGUAAAUCAGAUGUUCCGGCAUUUUAAAGCCGCUCGCCCGGCAUCCCUCGGCUUUGUGGAGAGUGUCAAUCGCAGACAUUUGCACCGCAUCUUGGACGUUUUCAGUGUGCCCAUCGGCACCGGACACGAUGACGAUAAUCAUAUAAUCGCCCCCACGGAUGGAGACGGAUCCGUAUUCCUCGGCCACAGCUAUUGGCAUAUCAGCUUCCUCGUGACCAUGUACGGCAAGAUGAAACAAUCCGCCAGUGCGAACUCGAAGCUCCAGCGAGAUAUUGUCAGCACCUGCAAGGGCUAUCUCAAUUGGUUUUUCGAUUCCAUAAAAGCCAAGCCCCACGAAUGGUGCAUUUCUGGUGAUUGGACCGUGGAUGCUGUCGCUAAAGACGAGGCGGAUCCCCUUGGAGACUGGGACUUCGCCGAGAGGGCACGGAACGGCUGGUGCAUUCUGCUGAACCUUCUCGAUUUCCACCGUGUGGUGGAUGGGCAGCUCGAGUACGUCGUCAGCAAAUUAUCGCAGUCCCUGGAGGCGUGGUUUCCGCUCUUCGUCGAUGGUCUCGAGCAGCUGACGGGACUGUUGCGAUUCAAGUCGCACUAUGUCUUUGUCGACUGGGGGGACCUCCAGUACCGCGCAAAUGAAAACCUCGUCUUCCCCAAAUUCCAGCUCCUGGACAACGUGCUGAUCUGGUGGGCGCUUAAAACCCUCGAUGAGGUGAUCGACGAGGCUUUGGAUACAGAAGCACUCCAAGACCUGGGUCAGCGGUUAAAGCGACUGCGAGAUGAGGACCGCUACCGUCUGCUACGCCCAGAUGGGUACAGGGACCGGAUUCUGAAGACAUUCCUGCCUGAAGGAUCAGAAGAUGCAGAAGCGACUUUCGUUCUCUACCGCAACGCGGCAGUCGACCGACGCUCCCUCAAGGCCCGCCAGGAAUUCCCUCUUCUUCCGGUGUUCGAGGAAUUUUUCCGCCAGGAUGACUCCCUCCAUGCCGCAUGGGUCAGGACGCUGCAAAUGCAGGGCUGGGGAACGGUUGCAAGGCCACAGAACACCUGGUCUGUUUCCGCGCGGUAUGGGUUGGCGCUGGCGAUGGCCACUGCGGGAUACACUCUCAGUCCUACGGUGGACUCAGCACCGGAAAUGGCCCGGACGGCGACGAGCGUGCUCCAAAAAAUCAUCUCCAAGGAUGGAAAUCUUCCCGGGAGGAUUGACCCCGAAAAGCUUCGCCGUGAUCGGGGGCUAUGGUAUCAUUCGUACGGCUUCUUGGCUACCAUGCAUCAUCUGAGCAAUGUGAGCUCGUCGGCCAACAAGACACCGACUCUCGAGGCAACGGCAGGAGAACAUCGGGCCGCGUCGGCGGUAGCAGACAAUAAACCCGCUCAGUCUGCUGAGCCUCACCUGAGGGAUCUCAACCCUCGCAAACACAGGGAGCUUAUAGCUCCGGAGAGCGGAGGCGACUGGGGGAAACGUCGAAAAGUCGCCCAAUUCACCUUCGACCCGAAGAAUGUGGUCGAGAACUACCCGCCGUACCAGCUGUUCGGAGUCCCUUACUUUCUCUUAAAGAGACCCGAGGAGAUCACGAAUGAAGAAUUCAAACAGCAGAUGGAGGCUGCUCUUUAUCGAAACAAGCCGUCCGCUGCAUCCUUUCGGGAAGCGUUCAUCGUCGACAUCUGCCAAAAGAAGGUAUGCAGAAACGAGAAUCGCCCCACACAAAGCGUCUCUUCUCCCAUCACGAAUUAUGACACGCUUAAACUCCGGCUCGACCUCGAGCGGACCAAAGAAAACAGCAAGAAGCGCUUCUGCUUCAUCGAGAGAUGCACACGCAACGUUGCGGACGCUCUCCUGAAAUCAUCCUAUCGAGACGUGGGCAAGGAGUGGCUCUCCGUCCUCGGAUUCCUCGAGAGACACGCCCGCUGCGAAAAUUUCUUAAGGAACCACGUCCACAAGGAGGCCAAUCUCUGGGUGACCGAGUUUCACAUCGGAUACAUCACUCUCGAUAGAAAGAACGAAGAAGCCGGCGAUGGAUGGAUAGGCCCCUCGCAGCAGGAAAACUUCCCCCAUCACACGGCAGGAGGCCCGCUGGUUUGGACGCAUGCAGCCAUCGGCUAUCGCUUUACCGGGGAUGCGCAUGAUCGGUUCUGGACGUGCAUUGUCUUGUCCCAGACCAACUACCAGACCGACGAAUCCACGUGGUUCCGCGAAGACGACUUUCUCAAAACACAGUCCCAUGAUCAGCUACGAAGGGACACUCGCGAAUUCCAGGGCCAGCGACAGGUCCUGGAAGCGCGGCUGUUUGCGAAGAUGACGGAUGAGGCGUACCGCAAGACGAAGAAGGUGCUGGAUGAGCUGCACAAAGCGUUGGAUGCCGCGGUAGGAGAAGCAUCGACGUACCGGUUUCUCCUACCGCGCGACGAUGACGACCAGUCCGAGCUGGAGGAAGAAGGCCCCUCCUGGCUCAUCCAGGCCUACCUGCAGUACAGCAAGCUGCUCGGCCGUCUCACCCAGAACAUCGACGGUACUAUCCACGCGGCGACCCAGUGGAGGGACCGGUUUAACGGUCUGGAAAAGCCCCGAUGGUCGGCCAAAGACGAACGGCACUACCGAAGCAUCUUGAACCAUGAGAAUAGACUGGGUCAAACGAACAUCGCUUUGUUGGAGGAGCUCAAGGCGCAGGUCAAUGUCCACAGGACGCAUCUGGAAUUUUUGAAGCAAGCGCUGAUGGGGUUGCUCCAACUAAAAGAGUCCAGAGAGUCGAGACGGUCCACUAUCGAGGCCACCAAGCAGGCCGAGGAUGUCAAGUUGUUCACAGUCUUUUCAGCAUGCAAGGUUCCCCGUAAGGAGCCAGCCAGCGUUCUUCCACCUAACCCGGUUUUCGCCCGUCUCCGCCAGCUGAUGACGAACCAGGCGGAUCGAGACUGGAAGGAAAUCGGCAAGGAGCUUGAUCACGCGUCUCAUGCGAACGACGUGCGGAGAACAAUCAUAAUGAAUUCGCUCGAGAGAUUCGACAGCAAAUGGUGGUAUAUCUUGUUUCUCAUCUAUCAUGUCUCCGUCAACAUUCCCGCUGGCUGCCUGAGGGACGCGUAUCAGGCCGCGAGGACGCUGGCCAGAGGGAAGGUUGAGUGGCUGAAGCGUGUGCGCAGUCUAUUCCAGAUCCUCCUUGGUGCUGUCAUGCUACCGAUCUUUGUUUUAGGCUAUUCUUUUUGGUUCAUUGUUCUGAAUCUCCGAGACCUCUUGAUCGUCUCGUGGGCUACAAUUUUCGGGCAGCAGAAGCAGGCCAUCUCCCAAGGGAUGGGGUCCAACGACGACAACGAUUAUCCUCGCGCAGUGAGGAAGUUGCUUCCCCUGCGGGUCAUUCGACUAAGCAGGCGUCGUCAACAAGGAGAUGGACAGGCUGACGAUGCAAGACCACGUCCGCACACGUCGUCUCCUCGGUCGUCAACACCGGCAUCUUCAUCGGGACAGCAUUCAGGAUCAUCCAUCACAGUCAGUUUCGCACCGGAACUUUCUACCACUGUAUAA